CAGGGAUGGAAACGCGGGAGGGUUCCCUUCCUCUACGUCCUCGAGUCAGCCUUCUUCAACAUCUUCCGAUCGCAGUAAUGAUGUUCACCUCUCGCACCGCCCUCGUUUGAGUUUGAUCGAGAGAGUGGCCGAUCGUAAAGGCGCGUCGCUCCUUGAUAUUAUCGCGUCGCGGAUAAGCAAGUUCCGCCCUGGCACAACUGUGGGCCGGACGUCUGUAGAUGACAUGGGCAGCCUCUUGAGAUGCCACGAGUUGCUACGCGUGCGAGGCGUGAUAGCAACAACCGAGACGAGCGCCCCAGAAGACCUCCAGCGCCUUGGCAUUCCCGGAGAUUUGCGACGUUUUCACGUCGAGUCUGAACCAAUGGCGGGCAUUGACUGGGAGGCGGUGUCUUUCGCCCCGUUCUGCC